AUGGGAGAGAUGUCUGUGCACAGCCAUGUGGAGCUGGCCCACACGCAGGACGCCAGGGACAUGCUCCACACGCGAGACCUCUCGGCUGCUUUCCCCAGGCCUUCCCUGGGAGACUCGAUCAUGGGCCUGGAGACUGACCACAGGCACCCCGGCUUUGACCCGUCCAUGUCGUCCCUGGGCUACGGUGGCAGGGACACCCCGACCGGCGAGGGCAGCACCUACACCACCCUCACCCCUCUGCAGCCUUUCGACGACAAGUUCCACCACCACCACCACCAUCACCCCCACCACCCCCACCACCACCCUUGCCUGCCCGUCAGCAACGUCAUCGGGAGCUUCACGCUCAUGAGGGAUGACCGUGGCCUGGGGGGCAACUUCUACAACCCGUAUGGCAAAGACCUGGGCAUGGGCCACUCGCCGCCCACCGCCACGCCGGGCCUGGAGGCCACCAUGCACGGCUACAGCAGCCUCGGCUCCAGCCAGGGCAGCCACGCCGGACAGAUGCUCUCCAGCGGCCACGACAUGCACCUGGGCAGCAGCAGUGGCGGCGGCGGCGCCGCCGGUGGCAUCUACUGCCGGACGGCCGACUUCGGCCGGGAGAUGUCCCCGCCCGUGCUCCACGGCGACCCCGGCCUCGGCCACCAGCUCAACAAAAUGGAGGCCCACCACCAGCACCCGGCCGGCAGCUACCACCCGCACCUCUACAGCCAGCACUACCAGCAGCACCUGGCCAGCCAGCAGGCCUCCAAGGCCAGGGAGUUCCACCUCGGCAGCUCCUCCUCCUCCUCCUCCCCUUCGGCCUCGCUGCCCGGCGACGGCAUGCUGUCCAGCUCGCAGAGCGGCGGCGGAGGCUCCGGCGGCGGCGAGGAGAUCAACACCAAGGACCUGGCCCAGCGGAUCAUCAACGAGCUGAAGCGCUACAGCAUCCCGCAGGCCAUCUUCGCCGAGAGGGUGCUCUCCCGCUCGCAGGGCACCCUGUCCGACCUGCUGCGCAACCCCAAGCCCUGGGGCAAGCUCAAGUCUGGCCGGGAGACCUUCAAGAGGAUGUCCCGCUGGCUGCAGGAGCCCGAGUUCCAACGCAUGGCCUCCUUGAGGCUAGAAGCCUGCAAGCGCAAGGAGCAGGAGCAGAGCAGGAUGGAGCGCAACCAGGGCCCCAAGCGCACGCGCCUGGUCUUCACCGACCUCCAGCGGCGCACGCUGCUGGCCAUCUUCCGCGAGAACCACCGUCCGUCCAAGGACCUGCAGGUGACCAUCUCGCAGCAGCUGGGCCUGGAGCUCAGCACGGUCAGCAACUUCUUCAUGAACGCCCGCCGCCGCAACCACAACAAGUGGGUGGAGGAGGGCCGCCCGUCCUCCACGGGCUCGUCCGGCUCCAGCGCCUCCUCCUCGGCCGUCUCCUGCAGCACGGCAUGA